CACUUCUGUAAAUAAAAAAUAUCAAAAUUUGGUUAAAGUAAAAUGGAAAUUAAUUCAUUGCUGAAAAACUGGGAAUCUAAAGGAAAAACAGAAUUUUUUAAGCAAAUUAAAAGCUUCAUCAAAGAAGAUGAAAGUCUAUUACUGGUCAAGAAAUCUAAAAGUAUAGAUGUAAGCAGAAUAAUUUAUGACUUAAUCGUCGGCGGUAUCAGAGGUGAUAUUAAGAAAGAUGCCUUAUUAUCAGCACUCACAGAACUUACUUGUUUACAUAAGGACAUACCAUCAAUCACCGUUGAUGUAUUUCAAGUCUUGGAUACAGAGACACAGCUUCAAAAUGAUUAUUCGGUAAAAGAAAGGAGCUUGUUUGGAAGUAUUGUGAAGGAUUCAGAAAAGAUAUUUUCUGAAAAGCUGCUUAAGGAACGAUUAGAGACUGAUUCUCUUCAAGAAUUUGGUAUCGUUAAUAAGAAUUUUUAUAGCAAAUUUAUCAAGAUUAAGACCAAACUUUAUUAUAAGCAACGGCGAUUUAACUUGUUUCGCGAAGAAAAUGAAGGAUAUGCAAAGCUAUUGACGGAACUUAACAAGGAAUAUGUGGAUGAUGAUAGCGAUAGAAAUUCAUUAGAAAUGGUGAAAUCUCUUAUCGGAUGCUUUAAUGUCGAUCCAAAUAGAGUUUUAGACGUGAUACUUGAAUCAUUUGAAAUUCGUCCAGAGCGCCAUGAACUUUAUAUUCCAUUACUUAAAUCAUACAUGCCUGAUUCGAGUAUAAUCAGUGAAAUUUUGGGAUACAAGUAUCGAAAUUAUUCUGAGGAGCAAACACCAUUUUCUCUUUAUAAAGUCACUGCGAUUCUUCUUCAAUAUAACAUAAUAAAGUUAAAUGACAUUUAUUCUUGGUUAUCGCCUGUCGAUGAGAAAUUGAAUGCUGACUGGCAAGCUGAAAUCGACGAAGCAAAAGAAUAUGUUCGCAAGCUUAAAAUUAUAUCAACAAAUAAAGAGAAAAAUCCAGACGAUGAGAAGGAACCAGAAAUUGAAGCAAAUCAUGAGAAAUCUCAUGCUAAGAAUCAGAAAUUUGGUCUUUGCGAGGCUCUUAUUAAGAUCGCUGAUUGGGAGAAUGCUCAAAAGUUGAUUUCAAAAUUGCCUGACAAGUGCGUUACAUCAUAUGAAUCUAUAGCCAAGGAACUGUGCAAUUUAAUCAACAUAACAAUCGAACCAAUUUAUCGUUUAAAAUGUGCGAUUCCAGCAAAUAUCAAAGGAAAAAUAUUAUCACCACAUCCUAAUAAACAAGCUCCUCCACAAGUCAUUUCAUUCAUCAACUUAAGAGAUCAUGCAUUUCCGAUGCUCAAUACACUUGGACCAUCUCUUCAUUAUGAUCCAGUCUUGCUUCAAAAAUUAAUCAGAUUGAUGCGAGUCAUUUUAGAAAGUGAAUUAAAUAUUGAUGCUUCAACACCGUCGCCAACUCAAACAGACGAUAAAAACAUCCUGUAUUUCGAUAUUAUUUCUCUUUUGGAUUCUUGUGUUCUUCCUUCAUUAUCAUACAUGGAAAGUAAUUGCUGUGUAGCUGAGGAAAUUUGGACAGUCGUUAAGCUAUAUCCUUACAAUAUUCGCUAUGCUCUAUACAAUUAUUGGAAAAACGAGUCGUAUUUAGUACAUCCAAAACUUAUUCGUAUGAGAGGUGAUGCUGAACAAGACAUUAAAGCACUAAUGAAACGAGUCAGUAAAGAAAAUGUUAAACCUGUUGGUCGACGUAUUGGAAAAUUAACUCACAGCUCUCCAGGAUUUCUCUUUGACUAUGUUCUUGGGCAAAUUCAGCUUUAUGAUAACUUGAUAGCACCAGUGGUUGAUGCAUUAAGAUUCUUGACUUCUUUGUCAUACGAUGUUUUGGGAUAUUGUGUGAUUGAAGCACUUGUAACGAGCGGAAAAGAGCGAUUCAAAUAUGGCAUUUUGUCAGAUUGGCUUCAAAGUUUAGCCAACUUCUGUGGAGCAAUUUAUAAGAAAUAUUCCAUUGAAUUAAGCGGAUUGAUGCAAUACAUUUGUAAUCAGUUAAAGGCGCAUAAAAGUUUGGAUUUAUUGAUUCUGAAGGAAAUUGUCCAGAAAAUGGUGGGCAUAGAGGCAGUUGAGGAGAUGACAAAUGAACAAUUAAGUGCUAUGUGCGGUGGAGAGUUGCUUAAAGGCGAAGCUGGCUACUUUAGUCAAGUUAGAAACACGAAGAAAUCAUCACAGCGCCUUAAAGAUGCUCUCGCUAGUAAUGAUUUAUCCGUUGCUUUAUGUCUUUUAAUUGCUCAGCAAAAGAACUGUGUCAUUUAUCAUGAGACAUCCAAAAGUCACCCGAAAUUAGUGGGUAAACUUUAUGAUCAAUGUCAAGAUACUUUGGUUCAGUUCGGAAACUUUUUGGGUUCGACUUAUUCAGUUGAAGAGUAUGUAGAACGUUUACCAUCAAUCCAUAACAUGUUAUUAGACUAUCACAUCCAUUCAGAUGUAGCAUUUUUCUUGGCUCGUCCUAUGUUUACUCAUGCAAUUAAUCAGAAAUAUGAUCAAUUGAGAAAGAAUGACACGAGUAUGAAGAAAUUGACAAGCUCACAAAAGCAAGAAAAAUAUCUCGAGGCAACAUCAUUUGUUAUGAAUCCUGUUAUUGAUUCCGUUAAACCACUUCAUCCUCUUAAGGUUUGGGAAGAUAUUAGUCCUCAAUUUCUAGUUACUUUCUGGUCACUAUCAAUGUACGAUCUUCAAACUCCAAAUGAGAGCUAUCAACGGGAAAUUAACAAGCUGAAACUACAAAUUGUAGCACUAAAUGCCAAUGAAAGUGGAAACACUGCAUCAAAAAUUAAGAAGGAACUUGAAAGGCUACAAGCAUUUUCAGAAAAAUUACAAGAAGAAAAGAAAAAGCAACAGGAGCAUGUUGAAAAGAUCAUGGGAAGACUUAAUAUCGAGAAAGACAGUUGGUUUCCAUCAAGAACAUCAAAAGGUGCCAAAAACGAGACAAUUCCUCAGUUCCUGCAACUCUGUCUAUUUCCUCGCUGUACAUUUACUGCUUUGGAUGCUCUUUAUUGCGCAAAAUUUGUUAAUAUCAUUCACACUCUUAAAACUCCAAAUUUCUCGACUCUACUUUGUUACGAUCGGAUUCUUUGUGAUAUAACGUGCAGUAUUACAACAUGCACAGAAAAUGAAGCUAACCGUUAUGGACGUUUCUUAAAUGCAAUGCUGGAAACAGUUAUGAGAUGGCAUUCUGAUGAGGCAACCUUCAAUAAAGAGUGCGCUAAUUUCCCAGGAUUCGUCACUAAGUUUAGAAUUAGUAAUCAGUGUACCGAUAAAAAUGAUCACGUUGGAUAUGAAAACUUUCGUCAUGUUUGCCAUAAAUGGCAUUUCAAAAUAACACGAUCAAUUGUCACUUGCUUAGGAUCAAAGGACUACACACAAAUCAGAAAUGCAUUUAUUAUUCUCAUGCAUAUUCAAAACCAUUUCCCAGUAGUCAGCAAAACUGAACAAGUCAUCCAUAAACGCGUAGAGAAGGUCCGUGAUGAAGAAAAAGUCAAGCGUCAAGACUUGUAUGUUUUAGCUUCAUCCUAUUUAGGUAUUCUUAAGCAAAAACAAGGUCAAUUAAUUUUGGAGAAUGAUUUCCAUCAAGUCGCUGCUGCAGCCAACGAUCAAAAUAAAUCAGUUAAUGGAGAUGCUAAAGCUGAUAAGAAACAAGCGAAGGAAGAGCGUGUCGAAAAGAAGCCAAUUAAAUUUGAGCGUGAAUCAUCAAAGGUCACUGUUGAGCGUGAGAUUAAAAUCACUCCAGCCCGUGAAAUGUCAAAAGACAAGAGAGAACCGACACCAAGAGAAAAAUCAUCGAUCAAGGAAGAAAAACGCGAAAUUAAGGAACGAGAUGAUAAACGCGAAAAAGAGAAGGAGAAGCGUCGAGAGAAAAGACCAACAUCGCCAGUCGAAUUUGAAGGUGAUCUCAGUUCAGUGUCCAAUUCAAGUAAUGGAUCUAUAAUACAGCCAUCUAAUACAAACGAUGUCGUGAUUGUUGAUGAUCAUCGAGAAUCAAAACGUCGUAAAGUGGAUGUCUCGUCGAAGAAGCGUGUUGAAGAAGAUGACGUCAUUAUUGAAGUUAGUAAAAAAGAUCGAGCAAUGAAAAAAGAAAAGCGUGAAAAACAAACAGACGAGGAAAAAGAAUUAAGAAAGGAAAAGAAAUUAAUUAAAAAGCGGGAUCGAGAGGAAAGUGGACAGGUGAAUGAAAAGAGACGUAAGAACGAAGAAAAGACUGUCAAAAUUUCGCAUCAUAAUGGAGAAGAGGAGUUGAGGGAACGUCAUUCGAGGAGUCAAGAAGUCUUUGAUCGUCAUCAUGAAAAAGGACAUUACCCAAAAUCUACUAGAUCAACUCGUUAUUAAAACAAUCUGAAAUGUUACAUCAUUUGACAACUGAAAUUUUCAUUUAUUAAUUAAAAUUAAGGCAUACAUGUUCAACAAGCUUACUCAAUUUAAAGAAACAGAAGAUAAUGUGUAUUUAAGUAAGAAAAAAUAAAAAUUUUAAGAUA